AUGAGUCAGGUCCAUAAGGAGUCGUUAUCCCAGGUCGACAAUGCGCUUCCGAAUCGAUCGAGUCUCGAGAUAGAAAUUUUUGGUAUGGAAGGUGUACCGGAUGAUGUCCUACAGACUCAUAACCAGCGUGUUCUGCAACAGUAUCAGCAGGCCGAAGCCGAGCGACGUGCUGCGACGGGGAAUCCUGCGCCAGGCGCCUCGGGAGGUAGUGGACAGUCGAAGAAGCCGAAAUUCGAGUCGCCGUCUGAGCUGAAGAAGAGGCUUGCAGAGCAUAAGGCGCGGUUGGCGGAGCAGGCAGCAGGUGGAAGUAGUGGCGAUGCUACUCCUGUAGGUGCAGGACAAGCGCAGUCGACACCAAGCGGAACCCAAUAUCCACCCACCGCGCCUCAGUACCCUGCCGCCCAACAGCCAACAAAUGGUUCCAACCAGGAGUACCAUUAUUCGGCUCCCUAUGGGCAACCGCCAAAUGCCUUCCCACCGCAGCAGCCCGGCUCUGGGGCGUAUGUUCCGCCGACUGGCCCUCAGGGCUAUCCUUUGCCGCAAUUCUCCCCACAAAACAUGUCACCGUCCGCAUAUCCGCAGGCUACACUCCCAUCGAACGUUUCGCCGGUUGGAGCCAGCCCUACGCUGCCAUAUCACCACCAGCAGCAGGCUUUAAGAACUCAUACCCCACCUCAAACCAUGCCUCCCUCCUACCCUGCCCGAACGCCAAGCCUACCGCCAGCCCCCGGACUCCCUCAAAGACCUAGUUUCGGUGCGCCACAAGUCAAUGCCUUUCAAAUGCAACAAUUACACCAUGGACAAGUUUCGGCCCCUCCUUCGACCGUUGCGAUCCCGACAGAAGCACAAAGUAAUCGCGCCUACCCUUCUACCGAUGCCCAUGCGGAGUCAGUCUCAGCAUCCGCCGAUAGAUUGAUAUCAGAGGCUGCUAAACAAGCCAGAGAGUUACCAGCUAAGCCAAGCCCCGCCCCAGGAACCCCUGAAGAAGGAGCUGCUGGUAAAUCUACGAAGAAAGAAAAAGCUAAGUCCACUAGACUAGUUUAUUCUGACAAUGAAAUCAGCCCGGAGGAGAAAUUGUCUCGUUUGCCUAGGUACGCGUUUGUCCGUGAAAGGAAAGACGAGGCGGUUUUGGAGGAGACAGUUUCGGUACCUGUUGCUAGUUCAUAG